UGGCGGGCAGUUUGAAUUUAAGUGAGGGAACGGAUGGCUUGUGGCACGCGUACCGUGGCCAACCGUUCCCAUGGCGAAUAGCCUGGCUCAGGGAUUGGCGUUGCCAUAGGAAAUGUGGAAAGUGCCAUUGGUAGUAAUAAUAAAUCUCUGCAGGGCUUUUCAUCGUCUGGUGACAGGCGGCAGGGAUCAGCUGCCAUACUGUCUGUCACUGUACCGGUGUGUGUUUGUCUUUAUCUCUGAUUUCUUCUUAUGGAGGCGGGAUGUGGCCCUGGCUGCUGGGGCUUCUUCUGUGGAGUGAAGGCUUACAAUAGGAAGAAACAGGACAUGGCAUCAAACAGGGCAACCUUGGAAUGCCUUCCUAGGAAUAUAACGAGGAGAAUAAAUGAAGGGAAGAUGCAGCAUGGCUAUGCAGACACUUCCUCCUGUGUAUCCCAGGACAGUGGAUAUGACUCUUUAAAGUCUUUCAGCCCUCAUUGCGGUGAAAGCAGCAGUAAGUCUCUGGGAAAAACAAGUCUGACACACGAAUGUGAGAACUCUGAGAAUAUAGACCCUACUCUGGUGCUCUCUCCGAUCAGCGGGGAGAGAGCAUGGGAGCCAAAACAGAUGACUUCAGGAAUUUAUGAAACUCCACGAGUUAUUAAGAGAGACUUUUCCCUGCGCAGGAGACUUCUUCUUUCUAAAGCCACAUCUGGUGGUAACUUAGAUUUUGAUGCUUUGGACUGUUCAGCAAAGAGUUCUGAAAGGAAGAAAUCUCUUCAGCGGUGUCCUACCUUUGAAGACCAUGUUUCAAAGGCUUUUAGUCACUCUCCAAGAGAUCCUACAUACAAACCAAUCGCAACAAGCACUUUAAAAGCCGACGCUGAAUCAGGAACUUCGUGCAAAAAGUGGAGGCUGUCAUUUGCUCAGCAGAGGACAUCGACCUUCGAUGAUUCUAAAUGUGACGGUGUUCCUUUCCCAGAAGUAGAAAACCUAUCUCCGGUCCAACAUUCUUCAGACAGUGUGACUGACGAUAGCAUUCUGAGCAUUAAUGAAGAAAACCUUACUGAAUUACCCGAAACUCCAAUUUGUAACCUAAUUUCUAGGGCAAAAGAAGAAUUUCAGACUCCUAUUAGCAGUCUUGUUGCAAAGUUUAACUUUGAUUUAUGUACGCCUACUGGCCCUGUAGCAGUUGACCUUGAUUCCUCUGCGGCAGAGGACAGCGCGUUUCACUCUCUCAGCUUUGAUAAAUCACAAGACUCUUUAACCGAUCAUGAGGGCUCUUUCCAAGAGUUGAUUCAAAAACAAAAGGAGACCCCAAAGGCAGUUCAGAAUAAAAAUCGUCUAAGGAAACUAGAGCGAUGUAAAAGAUUAUCUACACUUAGAGAGAGGGGCUCACAGUCAGAAGUAGAAGAAGAAUGGGCUGAAACGCAACUCUUGAGUUUCGAAUACAAGUCAAAAGUGGCAAGAGAGUCAGUUGAUGAAGAAGUUGAAUCCAGCCUUGAUGAUUGCAGGGAGGGCUCUCUUCUAAAGAUUGAAGAUUUGACCGGGACACCUGCCUUGCGUAUAGUCCGUGAGAUGUUUGUCCGAAGCAGCCAUAAACGGAAACCACAUGCAUCGGUGCAAGAUAUCUUGGGAAGCCUGGAUAGUUCUGAGCUGUCAGACGAUUCCCUUACAAGACUGAUCGGCAGGAAAAUGGGCUUAGAAAACCUAGAUAUUUUAGCAGAAUUGAAAUACAGAAAUUUGAAGCAUGUAAUUGCUUGUAUAUUUGACUCUUUAAAUGUAGAAAGUCUAUGCAGCGUUUGGAAAGUCAGCAAAGAGUGGCGUGAAAUAGUAGUUCAAGAUAAAAGUGCGCAUCAGAGAAGAAAGGUAUUCCUGAAAAAGCAGAGAGCUGAAGCACAGGAUGGGCGAUCACUGUCUUCAGAAGAUGCUGCAACCAGAUUAAACCUUUUAAGUCGCUCUGCGUUGAAAUGUGUUCAGGCACAGGCAAGGUCUUCUUUUCAGACGCCAAACUCUACUUUCACUCCAAAAGACACAAGUGCCAUCGCUCAUUCAUCAAGAAAACAACAAGAGUAUGUUAAGGUAGCCAAAACGCUCUUUACAGAUGAAGCAUUAAAGCCUUGCCCACGAUGCCAGUACCCUGCAAAAUACCAGCCGCUGAAGAAGCAAGGCACGUGCAGUAGGAAAGACUGUGGGUUUAACUUCUGCGGUCUGUGUCUGUGUGCUUUUCAUGGCUCAAAAGAAUGUGGUGGUGGUUCUGCAAAGAGAAUACACAAAAAGGAUGCACCUCCUGGUAGUGCCCAGAGUAAGCGGAACCUCAGAAGACUCUGACUUCUCAUCUUGGGACCCUUUUUCCAGUUUUUAUCCGUGUCUUGGAGGACAAUGGUGGCGUACACAUCUGACUGACUAUAUGUUUUUUAAUUUAUAAUGUAAAGGACCGCAAUGCAUUCAGCUAGACACACUGCUGCAGAUCAGGGGCAUAUAACACAAUUAAUGCAUUUCAUGUAUAGCACUUGUUACUGCUCUCUCGCGUCUGGGUGUUUUUAGCUCUGUAUAUUGUAUCAGCAUAUUUAAAUGAUCUCUCGUUUAUUUUGUGUACAUACAUUAACUUGCACAUAUUCUGUAACUUGUUUUUAAUGUCUUGUUUUUUUAUAUAAUUUUAUUGAAGUCUAUUUUUAAUAAAAAUAUUUU